AUGAGAGGCCGCGACAUGAUUUAUUCUACACUUUUCACUCUCAGCAUCUGGUUGUCCGUGCUAGCUUCCGGAACCUACGCCGGAGACCAAGCACCGCUUGCAGAACCAGUCCCCAGCCUUAGACUUGUCGCAUUUGUCAAAGAAUCCCACGGAACCAGGAAAGCCCUCGCUCAAGAAUGGGACACCGUCCGCUCCAAGACUAAGGUUCCUCUGGAAUGGGUCGCCGACUGCCCCAACGAUUCCAGAUGCCCGAGCCCCCCUCCCGAGACGAUCCCCGAGAUCCAACUUUACCGCGGACCCGAGCACGUGGCCGUCUACGCCGGACCCCAGACCGCCGAUGAAAUCCUUCGCUUCAUCGACCGAGCCAAACGCUCCUCCCAGAUUCCUGUGCAUGUGAGCCCGGAAGAGGCAGAGAAAUUCAAAGACGUAGACGACUUCGUCUGCAUCGCGCACCUGCAACCCUCGGAAGCAUCUCUCCGGGAGGCUUUCGAGGACGUGGCGACAAAGUACUGGAUGGAGUUCACGUUCGGCGUCGUCGACACGCAGGCUGCAGACUCAAAGGUCGUCUGCCGCAAGCGCGACGACGCGAGCACACACACCUCCUCCUCGCCCGACGGUCUGGAAGCAUGGCUUAUUGAGGCCUCGCGCCCGCUCAUUACGGAUCUAUCACGCGCCACCCACGAGCGCUUGCUCAAGCGCGGCUGGCCGAUGGUCUACAUCUUCCACCCCUCAGCUGCAACCCGUGCCUCCAUCCGCGCGCAGCUAUCCUCCUUUGCAAAGUCCCAGUACGCCUCCCUGACGAGCGUGACUGUCGACCCGGCCUACUUCCCCGACCUACCCGGAAAACUCGGCCUCGACCCCGCGAGGGACGGGUACCCCGCAGGCGCGGUCCACCAGCUGUCCAACGGGCGAGUAUACCGCUAUCCCAAGGACAAAGGGUUCACGCCGAAGGAGCUGCAGGGGUGGGGACUCGACGUGUGGCAGGGAAGGGUGAAGCCGUGGACGCCGCCGGGGCAGGAGGAGCCGAAGGAGGAGAAAGCCGGGGGCGCGAACGUGAGGAUCGUGGGGUCGAGCAACCUCAAGGUCAAGAACAUUCCGGGGUUGAAGAUCAAGAUUGGGGGCCGGGAGAGGGAAGAGUUGUGA